UAGUAAUGUUCGAAUUUAGUUCAAUUAGCAUUAUCCAAUAAAAAAGAAGUUGUAAUUUAGUUCAUUUCUGAUUCAGAACAUUCUUUUAUCUACCAUGGAGAAUGACCCGAUUCUUAAGAUUGCUGAUUUUGGUCUCUGAAGGUAAAGAAACACAGAUAUGGAGUCAUCAAACAGGGCAUAUUAAAUGCCUGGCAUCAUUAACAAUCUCUGUUAUCUUUUUAUUCUUGGAACAGAAUUUUAAAUCCGAACGACCUUGCAGAAACAGUUUGUGGGUCCCCUUUUUACAUGGCUCCAGAAAUUCUACAAUUUAAAAAAUACGAUGACAAGGUUGAUAGGUGGAGUCUCGGUGCAAUUCUUUUUGAACUACUUAAUGGUUACCCUCCCUUCCGCGAUAGAACUAGUGUCCCGAAUAUCAAGGCAUCUCUACGUCUUCCUUUCUCUGAGCCGAUUCUUACUCAGUUGCACCCUGAUUGUAUUGACUUAUGCUCCAGACUAUUGUCUAUCAAUCGAGGUCCGCGGAUUUGUGUACUGUAUCAUUUGUAUUGCAUUCCUACCUCUUUUAAAUUUGACAAAUCUCCUUGUACCUGCAGAGAAUCGGAUCUCUUUCCAAGAGUUUUUUCAACAUGACUUUUUGAAGAUAGACGAAAGGGGGAGAUGAGAGCUGCUGUUAGAGGUCAAAACAUGCGGAUAUCUCACUGAGCGCAAUUGCUCACCAGUUCAAUCAUCCAUGUUUAUAUUGGAUUCCGUUUUUCCUUUGUCACGCUAGUCAGAUCAGCUUUUUUUCCGGCUGAUUUACUCCAGGCUAGUCACAGUCGAUCAGUUUAGAAUCAUCUAAAGAUGUCAUUUUCAGAAAUCUACCCUUUAUGCUUCAUUUGUCUGUAAAUGGUCAUGAUAACAAUUGUACAUCCUAGUUCUCUUUUCACAGAUGAUUCAGUCAAGUUUUACCCUUCUAAUAACUAGCUUCAGUAGCUUCGACUCCUAAACUACUUACACUCUCCUUCUUCAAGCCUUUCAUCUUUGGGCUUUGGCCAUAAGAAUUAAAGAACAAUUAAAUGGCUUUCUCCGAAUUCUUCAAAUUGAUCAUAUCGAGCUGGGAAAAUUUCUUCAGUAUAACUAGAGUCGGUAUCAUUUGUCUCUAAAACCAUCUAAAUUCUCUUCCUCUAAAAUUUCGUCAUUCCUUGCCAUCCGAAUAAAGGGCAAAUUCAAAUUUGAUUAAAUGGAGUUUCAUUCACCUCUUGGGCAGCUGUCGUUUGUUGACGUAUUCAAAGUGCUCGGUCCAAAAUCAGAAAAUGAAGUCCUUAAGGUUGGUUAAUAGUACAAGCCUUCCGUUGCCUAUUUCUCAACAGCUAUACAUUCUAUUUUAAGUUAUCACUUACAGAGCGUGAUUUCAUGAUUCAAUAAACAAGAGGCUGUUGGUUUCCACUUUCUUGGUGCAAAUAAGCAGCUGAAGUAUAUCAACAUGAAGGAAUUGAGAGGAGCAAAGCUUUGUGAAGAUUUCCAACAGCUAUGCCCUUGUUAGAUUAGCGAAAUGAUGUAGUCCUUGAAGCCUGAAUUACAGGGUAAUGUAAUAGGGCCACCAUGUGGCAGUCCAAACUCUUUUUCAGACAUGUUUAAAAGUUCCGUAUGGCCUUGUUUUGAA